AUGCCCUCUAAUACCAAGAAGAAGGGCAAGCACCUUGCAGUAUCGACCUCCAAGCCAACCGCUCCUGCACCGCCAGCAGCUACCCCUCCCAACUGGCCUGCAUUCACUCCCCUCAUUCCAGAACCAGACCUCGCCCUCCACGAUUUGCUGCCUGGCCAGAUCCUUACCAUCCCUCAUCUGUGGACAGCCAGUCUAUGCAAAACUUACGUCUCGUUUCUCGCCUCGCUUCCCUUGACGACUACGCCAGGGAAGCCCAAAAAAGGCGACGCUGUCCGUGUCAAUGAUCGCUUCCAAGCUCACGACCCUGUAUUCGCUGAGAGGCUUUGGCAUGAGACUGCGUUGAAGACACUGGUCUCUGGCCGAGGGGAAGAGGGCGACUUGUGGGGGGGCCAAGUCAUUGGCCUUAACCCUAACAUUCGACUCUACCGUUACUCAAAGGGCCAGUUCUUUGAUCAGCAUUAUGAUGACUCCAAUAUCGUUACCCUACCGGGCUCCCCAUCUAUUGCGGCACGCACUACUUGGACCUUGCUGCUGUACCUGACUUCAGCGUCCAAUGGUUGCAUCGGUGGCGAAACCGUCUUCUAUCCUGAGCCUCCCAGUAAAAAAAGCAGAGACCCACCACCCCCGCCCAUUGUUGUCGAGUUGGAGGCUGGUCUCGCCUUGUUGCAUCGCCAUGGCGUUGACUGUAUGCUUCACGAAGGCCGGGAGGUUCUAGAGGGUGAGAAAUGGGUCAUUCGAAGCGAUCUUUGCGUUCGACGCUGA